AUGCUGCGGGGGGCGGCGGCCUGCCCUGCGUCAUGCGCAGUGUGCGCCCGAGAUGUCACCCUCUGUCACCAGCUAACCUAUAUAGUAGCAGCCCCUGUGACCACGAGGGUUUUGAUCAUCACUGAUGGAUACCUCUCCACCAUAGAGAGCACAAAUCUGUCCCUCCUGUUUAAUCUUGCCUUGCUCUCCUUGAGCAGAAAUGGCAUCGAGGAUGUCCGGGAAGAUGCCCUGCACGGACUCUCGACGUUGCGGACGCUGUUACUGGAGCACAACCGCAUAUCCAGCUCUUCGCUCACCGAUCACACCUUCAGCAGGCUUCACAGCCUGCAGGUGCUGGCGCUUAGCAAUAACGCGCUUCGCACCCUGCAGGGGUCCUGGUUCCGAAACACCCAGGGCCUGACCCGGCUCCAACUGGAUGGGAAUCAGAUCACUAAUCUGACAGACAGUUCUUUUGGAGGCACAAAGCUCCACAGUCUCAGGCAUCUGGAUUUAUCUAACAAUUUUAUUUCCUACAUUGGGAAAGAUGCCUUCCAGCCCCUGCCUCAACUACAGGAAGUGGACCUUUCUAGAAAUAGGUUGGCCCACAUGCCAGAUGUUUUCACUCCAUUGAAGCAGUUGAUCCUUCUGAGUUUAGAUAAGAACCAGUGGAGCUGCUCUUGUGAUCUCUACCCGCUUGCCCGGUUUUUAAGAAACUACGUUAAGUCUUCCGCUCGUAUGCUCCGGAAUGCCAAGGACCUAAAUUGUCAGCUGUCCGCCACAGCAGAGGCCACUGCAAAGAGUAUGCUAAAGCUGUCUGAGAACAACUGUGAUUCCAAGGUUUCCAACUUGACUCUGGUUCUAAAGGACAGAAGUUCCCUCCUCCCAGGGCAGGAUGUGGCCCUACUGACUGUUCUUGGCUUUGCAGGAGCUGUUGGUCUCACUUGCCUAGGUUUAGUUGUAUUUAACUGGAAACUCCAACAAGGCAAAGCAAAUGAACACACAUCAGAAAACCUUUGUUGCAGAACCUUCGAUGAAUCCCUGUGUGCUCAUGAGGCAAGAAAUUACCACACUAAGGGAUACUGUAACUGCCACUUAACUCAGGAAAACGAGAUAAAGGUCAUGUCCAUUGUGGGGUCCAGAAAGGAAACGCCGCUUUUACAGGAAAACAGGCAUCAAGCAGCACUGGCCUCUGAGUCCACAGCCCUUGACGGAUCAUUUAGAAACCUGAAAGGGAGAGACCGUGGGGCAGACAGCACUUUCUUCUGCUUUGGUGGCAGAUUGCCGCAGUCAGGAUGUUCCCAGCCUCCAGGGACUGUGGCAGCUUUUAAUGAAGCAAGCUUACUUACAAGAUACUGUCCAAAGAGAGUUAAAAAGCUAAGGAAUCACGAGCCUGGGGAAGUCCAACCUCAAAGUCUGCCACAGCAUGUAACAAGAACAAUAGAUAUCAACAGUGACACAUUUAGUAGAAGAUAUGCAACAUCCGGCUCAGCCUUGGCAAGAGAAAGUCUUGAAAAGCAUUUAACAAAUGAAUCAUGGCAGCCUCCCAUAGAAAAAAAAGACAAUGGCUUACAACCUCACAGGCAGAGACAUUUUAUUACAGGCUCAUCAUCCAAGCUUUGUGAGCCUGACGAACAUUGUGAACAAAAGAUCGUACAAAAACAUAGAUCAAAAUAUCAUGAUCCUUGUGGACUGUUAAAACAGAGCAUGCCUAGAUAUUUUCAGCCAAACAAUUCUCUUAUCUGUAAAUAUGUACCCUGUGAUCAAUUUCGAGAUUAUGUGAAAGAAGAGAAGCCAAAUCAUCAAGAACAUUCAAAGUCUAAGAAAGAGCAAAUCCAAAUUAACAGUGCAAUAGAAAAAUUCCUUAUGAAUGAGGACAAAAUGGAGUUAUCAAGGUUAUCAUCAAAAAUCAAGAAAACAUAUUCCCCAAAGAGGGUUAGCUUCUGUCAUCCUGAUUUAUUAGAAAAAAAUAGUUUGGAGAUGUCAUCCAAAACAUCUCCCCAUUGGAAACAGCAGAAAAAUCAAAGUAGCCACCUGACCAACUUGGAUCUUAGAAAAUGUGGUAAUCUUCAGGAGGGACAUAAGGAAGAAAAAUGGCUUGCCGAUCCACAGAUUCUGAAAAAGAAGAGAACCAAUCAAACUGACCUCAAAGGGAAAAUUAAAAAACAAAAUUCAAGGAUAAAACUAAAUUUACACCGUUUUAGAAAAGUCAAAGUCCAUCCAGAAAAAUCCUUGCCAGAACGCCAAAAGAAAUGCAAACACAUAUUGUUACCACCGAAUAAAUUAUCUAAAGCUUCUCAGAAGGAAGCCAGUGUAAACCUUGUGUCCUCUGCAGAUUUUCCCCAACAGCCAGAGAGUAACAACCAUGUUAGACUCAUUGCAAAGAGUGUAUCUCUCAAACAUGCUCCAAAGCAGACCCCACAUUAUAAAAAAAAUACUAAAAAGACUCCUCUGCUCAGUGCUAAUGACUUACCCCUAGUCAACCAGAGCUCUACAGAAGGAAACCAUCGCCUUAACGGCCUCAUUCCUGCUAGCAGCCCAUCAACAUCGCCUCAGCCCACAUCCAUCAAGGCUGAACACAGGCCUUCAAGUUCUCAGUUCUCGACUGCGCGAACGGAAGGUGCAACUCCCCUUGCAUUGGAAGUUCCUGGGUAUUUACCAGCUACGUGGGAAAAUAUAGGAGGUGAUGUUUUACCACCCUGCAGUACCAGCGGGACUGACCAAGAGGCAACAGAGCUCACCCAGCACAUGGAGCAGGACAAACCAAAGACCAUUGAGCUAAAUCAGUUUUCUUUGUCUCUGGGGAAUCAAACACAACUUGUAGGUGUCCACAAAACUGACAUCUAUGAGAAACAAACUUUAGAUCAAAGUCAAACUUUAAAACAUGUAGAGCAACACUCAAGUCAUAAGCAACUUAGAAAUGAAGAAAAAACAUUAAUGACAAAACCAAAAAUAUCACAUCGAAUUGUGGAAAGUUGUAUUAUGUAUGAGGGACAUGAUGUAAGAAAAAACCUUUUCCAAACAGAAAGUUGUGAUUCCUCUCUCAUUCCCUCUGAGACAGAAGCCAAGGAUGACCUAACAUUGAUAAAGACAAAUUCUAUUCCAUACCAAAAUAGAACAGAGAUUCCCAAAGAUAUCAGUACUUCUCUUGGGACUCAAGCCAUUUGGAAUCUAACCAAUAGUGGCAAAAAAGAAAUUGACAGCACACAUGCAUUGCCAAGAGUUGAUGGCACUGAAGCACUAGAGAUAAAAACAUUAGAAAAAAAAGAGAAGAAAAUGCUCAAUGAAAGCGAGGCAAAUUCUAGUACAUUAACUAGGACUUCACAGAUGACCUUAAAAGGCAGCAAAAGAGAAAUGCACCACACUUGGGAAAAUGGAAAAAGUGAAAAACAUACGUUGUAUGAUUCAAGCUCUGUUGAGGCUACUAUUACAGCCACGGAUUUGAGUAUCACAUGCUUCCCCGAAACGGAAAAUAGACCUUCAUGUAGUGAAAUUAACAGUAACAUGCAAGAUUUGGGAGACAUUCCAACUAUUCAACCAGAUAAAGAUAACAAUGCACAUAAAGAAGGUACAGUAAGAAUGGAGAUACAUGAAGUGCUUUCCUCCUUAUCAGAGUUAAAAGAAGUUAAUUUUGAGACGAAAAGUAAGGUGUCUCUAAUUCCUAGAAGAAUGACUGAGGCUGAAAACUCUGCUCCAAAACCUAUACUGUAUCCACCAUCUGCUGAUUAUGUUAAUACAUCACCUUUAGAGGCAGAACUCAACUAA